AUGAAGUAUUUUGAGAGCACGAUAAAGAACGAAAUUGCCAUUCGCGAUACCGAGCAUAUUACACGUCCAGAUAUGAUACAAUUAAUGUUGGAUAACCGAGGUAAAGAGGGUCAAAUACAAUUGGAUGUGGACGAUAUUGUCGCGCAAGCCUACGCUUUCUAUUUCGCUGGCUCUGAAACUAGUUCAAGCGUGAUAUCUUAUAUCGCGUACCAAAUCGUAGCUAAUCCAAGUAUUCAAGUCAAAUUGCGACAAGAGAUAGAUGAGCUCUUAAACGAAUUGAACGGAAACGUAACUUAUGAAGUUAUUAAUAAACUCAAAUAUUUAGAUGCAGUAAUAAAGGAAGCUCUCAGACUUUUUUCACCUUCUGUUAUGGAAAGAAUCUGUGAAAAAGCUUAUAAAUUGCCACCUGCAUUGCCGGGCGAGAAGUCUUUCACUAUAAACAAGGGCAUGAUUAUUUGGGUUCCGUUGUAUGCGAUUCAUCAUGAUGAAAAAUAUUACGAUAAUGCUGAAGAAUUUCGUCCAGAAAGAUUUUUAAAUAAUAAUCUGGACAAUAAUUAUCGGUCUUCAUUUUAUUUUCCAUUUGGAUUAGGAUCGAGAAUGUGCAUUGACAGAAGAUUCGGUUUGUUGAUGAUAAAAGUCAUACCAUUUCAUUUACUAGUUAGCACGAUGUGA